AAACAGGCUGAGUUUGUCAAAGAACUCCAGCGAGGUCACCCGCGAUUGGGCGAAAAGGCAACCCCGACCCGCCCCUCCUGCACCUGACGAGCGGGUAUUACUGCACUUUUCAAGAAGUCUGUGCACUAUAUAAUUUGACUUGCAUGGGGUAAGCCGAGGAGACCAUGUUAUAGAGGACCAAUGUGCCAGCAGUGAAGCUGUCUGGUGCACCAAAGCCGGGGACCGUUAUUCUGCCGUGAAAGGCGAUUCAGGGAAAGGGAGGCAAUCCUGCGUUUCAAAAUGCCACGCUCGUUCUUGGUCAAGAAACAUUUCAACUCUUCCAAAAAGCCAAAUUACAGUGAACUGGAUACUCACACAGUGAUCAUUUCCCCUUACCUUUAUGAGAGCUACCCAAUGCCUAUAAUUCCUCAGCCAGAGAUUCGGAGCUCAGUCUCUUACAAACCCAUUACCGUGUGGACUACAACUGGGCUGCUGCCUUCGCCCAUACCCAGUGACCUCUCGCCUCUGUCUGGAUAUCCUCCGUCUUUGGGAAGGGUCAGCCCACCUCCUCAUUCCGACACUUCGUCCAAGGAUCACAGUGGCUCCGAGAGCCCCAUUAGCGAUGAAGAAGAGAGGAUCCAGUCCAAGCUUUCAGAUCCACAUGCAAUUGAAGCUGAAAAAUUUCAGUGUAGUUUAUGCAGCAAGACCUAUUCUACUUUUUCUGGACUGGCCAAACAUAAGCAGGUGCACUGUGAUGCCCAGUCUAGGAAAUCUUUCAGCUGUAAAUACUGUGACAAGGAAUAUGUGAGCCUGGGAGCUCUUAAGAUGCAUAUCAGGACCCACACGCUACCUUGUGUCUGCAAGAUCUGUGGCAAGGCGUUCUCUAGACCCUGGUUACUUCAAGGUCACAUUAGAACUCAUACUGGAGAAAAGCCUUUUUCGUGCCCUCAUUGCAACAGAGCAUUUGCAGACAGGUCAAACUUGAGGGCCCAUCUGCAGACCCAUUCGGAUGUGAAGAAAUACCAGUGCAAAAAUUGUUCCAAAACUUUCUCCCGAAUGUCCCUUCUGCACAAACACGAAGAAUCUGGCUGCUGUGUAGCUCACUGAGUUUACCUGAGCUCCGUACAUUUCUCCACUCCUGUUAACAAGAUAAGAAGAACCUUCUCCCGCCCCACCCCCUCUCCCUGAGGUAUUUUAUCUUCUAUAUCCCAACUCAACAACUCCCCCAGAAGGUGCAAAAAUGUUUUAGUUCAAUUGCUAAAGCAUGACUUGCAUGUGAUACGAAGGAAAUGAAAGCAUAAAAUAUACAGGAAGAAGUAAAUGCCAAAUGGACUCCCCCCCCCCUUUUUUUUUUUUUUUUGGCUAAGAAAGCAUCACACAGCAGAAAUGUACAUUCCAGCCAAACACUAUUAACCAAAGAACAUUUUGGCAUUUUUUAUUUUUAUUUUUAAAAACCCAAUCCAAUACCAUGAAUUUUUCCAGAUGCCAAAUAUCAAAGGUGCUUUUCAGAGACCUCCAUAUCAAAUCAGUAAAUGCCUAAAAGGACAGGGCAAUGGGUGUGUGUUUGUUUAGAAGAGUGUGCUUCUUGAUCAGUGACCUGAAAUGUCUUAAAAUCGCAUCAUUCCAUCAUUCCAAGAGGAAGAAAAGAAUGUAUGUCCAAUUGUUUGCCAUGUCUUAACAGUAUGUGCCUUUGUAAAACUGUCACUGCAGGCAUUCCUGGUGCAUGCUUGAUGCAUAUUUCCUUCUCUCUCUUUUUAAUUGUUGCGGUUGUUAAUUUGUCUUUACAACGGGAAUAAGUGCAAGAGUGGGGGUUGAUAGGAGCUGAACAAUGGAUUUUUAAAGCUUUUUUUUUUUUUUUUUUUUUUU